AUGAUUAGAAGCCUUUUUAUUGUCUUGCUUUUUUUGACGCUGGGAGAAGCAAGGAAGCCAUUUCUCAGUUUUCAGAGCACAGAGAGGACGGAACUACUGUUCUUCACAAAGACCGAAGAUACCAUCCUCCUCCGAUCCACCUACCGAGAUAAGCAGCCCCACGCCAGCUUCCUCUCCGUGCGGCCCCAGGACCCGGGCGUGCUGCGGGUGGUGAACGUGACCAGGGCCACCGCGGGGGCCACAGACUUCAUCAUAAAGCUAGUGGCAGAGGAAGAAGGAGAGACGAACUUGACCAUUCAGCUGUGGGACUCGGACGGUAGGCAAGAAAGACUGGUUGAGGAAAUAAAGAACGUGAGAGUCACAGUGCUCAGACAGAGGCCAGACGGUCUCUUCCAGGCGCCAAUGCGCAUGAAUAGGAAUGUCCUCCUGCUCCUUCUGCCCCUGGUCCUGGUAAAUAAGUGCGCGUUUGGCUGCAAGAUUGAGCUGCAGGUGUUCCGCGUGGUGUGGAAGAGGCCUCUGCCGGUGAUUUUGGCGGCAGCUACCCAGUUUUUUCUGAUGCCAUUUUGUGGGUAUCUUUUGACUCAGGUUUUGGCCUUGCCUGAGGCACUGGCUUUUGGGUUUGUCAUGACCUGCACGUGCCCAGGAGGGGGCGGGGGCUAUCUCUUUGCUCUGCUUCUGGAAGGAGAUAUCACGUUGGCCAUUUUGAUGACCUGCACAUCAACGGUCUUGGCCCUGGUGAUGAUGCCUGCCAAUUCCUACCUGUACAGCAGGGUCUUAGGGCUGUCCGGGACAUUCCACGUUCCUGUUUCCAAAAUUAUGUCAACGCUCCUCUUCAUACUUGUGCCUAUAUCAGCUGGGAUAGUCAUCAAGCAUAGAAUACCUGAAAAAGCCAGCCUCCUGGAGAGAAGCAUUAGACCUCUGAGCUUAAUUUUGAUGUCUGCAGGGAUUUACUUGAUGUUUAGGAUGGGAUCGGUGUUUCUAAGAACAGAUAGCCCAGAGGUGCUUCUGUUGGGUGCCUUAGUGCCCGCGCUGGGCCUGCUGUUCGGGUACUGCCCCGCUAACAUCUGCAGGCUGCCCCCCGCCGUGUGCAAGACUGUGGCCAUCGAAAGCGGGGCACUGAACAGCUUCUUGGCUCUGGCCAUCAUCCAGCUCGCCCUCCCCCGGGCCCAGGCCGACGCCGCCUCCGUGGCUCCCUUCACGGUGGCGCUGUGCUCUGGGUGUGAAAUGCUGCUGCUGCUCCUGGUGUACCAGGCGAAGAAAUGGUGUGUCCGUAUCACGGGAGAGAAAAGGAGGCACCUUCCCCGCUCCAGCAAUCAAAGCACCGCCACAUGCCCACUCUGA